AAAGCCGGAGCUGAAGCUGGAGCCGCCGCGACCGUUUCAAGUUCCCCCCGCGUGGAAAAUGUACCUGAUUUCUGUCCAAAGCUCCGGGAUGUAAAACUAAAGGGGGCGGGGGGGUAGCUAUGGAGAUGGAGACCUCGGCAGGCUCCUUUCUUUGACAGGUGUGGAGUAGGGGAAAAAGUCUGAAAGAGAAACAAGCAGCAUGUACGCCAAGGGAGGAAAGGGCUCUGCCGUCCCCUCCGACAGCCAGGCUCGGGAAAAGUUGGCGCUCUAUGUAUAUGAAUAUCUGCUUCAUGUGGGAGCCCAGAAGUCAGCCCAGACCUUCCUGUCGGAGAUCCGGUGGGAGAAGAAUAUUACGUUGGGGGAGCCCCCAGGGUUUCUGCACUCCUGGUGGUGUGUAUUCUGGGACCUGUACUGUGCGGCCCCUGACCGAAGAGAGACCUGUGAGCAUUCUAGUGAGGCCAAGGCUUUUCAUGACUACAGUGCGGCUGCAGCGCCUAGCCCGGUGAUGGGUGGCAUGGCUCCCAGUGAUGGGAUGCCUAUGCCAGCUGGCUUCUUUCAGGGCCCUCCCGGCUCUCAGCCGUCUCCACACGCCCAGCCCCCCACACACAAUCCCAACGCCCCCAUGAUGGGCCCUCACAGUCAGCCCUUCAUGUCCCCUCGGUACCCAGCAGGCCCCCGGCCGUCCCUCCGAAUGCCCAACCAGCCACCUGUGGGAGUCCCGGGCUCCCAGCCGCUGCUGCCCAAUGCCAUGGACCCAUCCACGCGGGCUCAGGGCCAUCCAAGCAUGGGGGGCCCGAUGCAGAGGAUGAAUCCACCCAGGGGAAUGGCGGGGAUGGGGCCUCAGAAUUAUGGCAGCGGAAUGAGGCCCCCACCCAAUGCCCUUGCUGGCCCCGGCAUGCCAGGGAUGAACAUGGGUCCAGGAGGACGGGGGCCAUGGCCUAACCCCAGCGCCAACUCAAUAGCAUACUCCUCCUCCUCCCCAGGCAACUAUGCGGGUCCCCCAGGAGGAGGUGGCCCCCCUGGAACCCCCAUCAUGCCUAGUCCUGGAGACUCUACCAAUUCCAGUGAGAGCAUGUACACCAUGAUGAACCCUAUUGGGCCAGGCAGCAACAGGCCCAACUUCCCAAUGGGCCCUGGGCCUGAGGGCCCCAUGGCAGCCAUGGGGGCGAUGGAGCCACACCACAUGAAUGGCUCAUUAGGCUCAGGUGACAUGGAUGGGUUGUCCAAGAACUCUCCGAACAACAUGGCCGGCAUGAGCAACCCCCCAGGCACCCCACGGGACGACGGCGAGAUGGGCGGGACCUUCCUCAACCCCUUCCAGAGCGAAAGCUACUCACCCAGCUUGACCAUGAGCGUGUGAUGAGGACAGCACCACCCUCAGCCCUGGCCCCCUUGUAAACUUGUGUAUUUAAGGACCGGAUACCCUCCCUCCCCUUCUCCUCCCCCCAUACACCUCCUUUCCCCAGCCCUCUCAGACCUCACCCGUGGGCACCCACUGGGGUGUCGGCAUCUGGGCGUCUGGGGCUGGCUCCUCCAUCACCCCAACCUUGUGGCCUUUUGGACAAGCUGGGGGUGGUGGGGGUGCUCCAGAACUCUGACUGGGGUGGGGCAGUGAGUUGCCCCUCCCUGAAGUCAAGGCAACCCAAGUUGGUCUUUUGGGCCUGAGGAAGGGGCAGGCAGAUGGGAGGUUGCUUCGGACAUUUGGACAGAACGAGGAAUGGGCUGGGCCAUCCCUUCAGCCUGGGGCCACUCUGACCUUCUGACAGCCCCAAGCCCUGGGCCAGGGGAGGCUGAGGCUGCCCACCCUCUGCUGAAGUGCCCCUGGUUUGGGGGAAGGCAGAGCAGCCAGAGCGUUUCCGGCCAGGGGCUGCUGCCCUCUCCACUCCUCAGUGCCCAUCGGGGGCCCGCAGGCCUGACGUUCAUGCACCAACAACUUUACUUUUAUACCGCGAGGACCUCAGAGACAGACAGAUGGACCAGAGUCCAUUCCCCCAGCUGUACAGCUCUUCAUCCCGCUGGGGCACCCCUGGCCCAUUCUGCUCGUAGGGCUGGGGCUCAGGCCGUGGGACUGGACAUUCUAACUCCACUGCCAGAGCUGUUAAGAUGGAGCCAUGGGAGGGGGUGGGAGGAGGGUGGGGGAACCUGCAUCAAUAAAUGGAAUUUGAUUUUUUUUCAUAACCC